AUGGAAAGUAGUGAUGAGGAAAAAUAUGAUUCAGUAAGUGAAGACGAAGCUUCAGUCAGUGAAGACGAAGCUUUAGUAAGCGAAUUCGAAGAAGAAAAAGAUGAUAUAGUCAACAAAGAGAACUACGUUAAAACUGAAGAGAAGAAAGAUGAACUGAAUAUUGGAAUGGAGUUUAGUUCUGAUGAAACUGCAUAUAAAGCUUAUAAAAAGUUUGCAGGUGAACAUGGUUUCAAUAGGACGGGAAGAUAUAAGAUUGUGUCUUUCAACCAGAAUCAUAACCAUGAUUUAGUGAAGACGCCUAUGAAGCAUUUGCUGAAGGGAAACCGGAUGUUCUCUGUCGCUCAAAUACAACAUGCUGAUGAUGCCGAGAUGUCAGGAAUUUCAGCAAAAUCAACUGUUGAAAUGAUGAGUAGAGAAGUUGGAGGGCGAGAAAAUCUGGGGUUUUUGGAGAAAGACUAUCGUAAUUACAUUUAUCGAAAGCGAAUGGAAAAAAUGGUAAAAGGAGAUGCUGGAGCAGUUUUGGAAUACUUUCAAAAAAAGAAAGUGGAUAAUUCAUCUUUUUUUUAUUCACUGCAACUUGAUGAGGACGAUAUGAUCACGAAUAUCUUCUGGGCAGAUGAUCGGUCUAUAAGUGAUUAUAAUCUUUUUGGAGAUGUCGUCUGCUUUGACACAACUUACAAGACCAAUGAAUAUGAUAGACCAUUUGCUCCAUUUAACGGGGUCAAUCAUCAUAAGCAAACUGUAGUAUUUGGUGCUGCUCUCUUAUAUGAUGAAACCACUGAGUCAUAUAAGUGGCUUUUCGAGACUUUUCUUGGAGCAAUGUCUGGAAAACAACCAAAAACUAUUCUUACUGACCAAUCUGCAGCAAUGGCGAAUGCAAUAGUGAAGGUAUUUCCUGAAACAAAACAUAGGUUAUGUGUUUGGCAUAUUUACCAAAAUGCUGCAAAAAAGUUGAGUCAUGUAUUUCAUGGGCCAGGACAGUUUGCCACAGACUUUGGAAACUGUGUAUAUGACCAUGAGGAAGAAGAAGACUGGCUAUUGGCAUGGAGUAAUAUGCUCAAUAAGCAUAAUUUGAUAGAGAAUAAAUGGUUAAAGAAUAUGUUUGAGGUGAGAGAAAAAUGGGCAAUGGUAUAUGGACGUCAUACUUUUACAGCAGAUAUGGUGAGCACACAACGUAGUGAAAGUAUGAAUAAUAUUUUGAAAAGAUACUUGAAGAGUAGUUAUGACUUGUUGUCCUUCUUUGAACACUAUGAGAAAGUGUUGGAUGAUCGACGAUAUAACGAGUUAAAUGCUGACUUCAAAAUGAUGCAUACCUCUUCGGUAUUAUCUGCUACCGUAGAGAUGUUGCAACAUGCAGAAGAGGUGUAUACACCCGAAGUUUUUAAGUUGUUUCAGAAGCAAUAUACAGUUAUCGGUGAUUAUGUUGCUAAAAAAGUCAGCAAGUCUGAGAUGGUGUAUGAAUACAAAGUAUCUUAUCGUGGUGGACCGCGAGAGCAUUUGGUUAAUUAUGAUGCUACAAACCAAACGAUACAGUGUAGUUGCAUGAAGUAUUCUUUUGCUGGGAUCUUAUGUCGUCAUGCAUUGAAAGUAUUGGAUAAGAAGGAUGUUAGGAGAAUUCCAUCUAGCUACAUCUUGAAUCGAUGGAGUAAAGAGGCAAAAUCACGAAACAUAUCUUCUUAUCGUUCAGAGACAUUUAAUGGAACAGUAACGCAAUCGAUUGGAAAGCGUUAUAGCCAUUUAUGUCACAAUUUCCGUGAGAUUGCAUUUGUUGCUGCUGAACAUGUAGAAUUGACGAUGUGUGCGAAUGAAGCUGCAUGUGAAUUGAUUAAAAUAUUGGAGAAAAAGAAAAAAGAACUUGUGAAGGCUAAUGCAUGGAUGCUCCCAACUUCAAAUGUUGAACAUGUGGAUAGAGAAGAAGAAGACGAGGAAGUUCUAAAUGCACGUGGAAUUAAAAGAAAAGCUACUGUUGGACGACCAAAGAACAAAAAGGUCGGACCCCACGGUCGAUAUUUGAAUGCUCUUGAAACGAAAAAACGGGGAUUCAACUUUUGCUACCAGCAAUCCGACAUUACAGACAGAGCCAUUUUCCUCACAAGUGCUACAAGAUUCAACUUUUGCUUCCGAUAUCCACUUAUCUGUAGCUACAAGCAAUCCGACUUUACAGACGGGGUCUUUUUCUUCACAAGUGUUUCAGGAAUUUGA